GGGAGGUGAGAGGUGGCUGACGGGAGCUGGCUGGGCUGAGGGCCGCGGGGCCGUCGCCCGCCGCGAGCCAUGGGGCUGCCGGCCGUGUAGGGGCCAUGCCGCCGGGGCCCCGGGCCUGCCCCGCUCCGCGCCGGGAUGGUGAACCUGGCGGCUCUGGUGUGGCGCCGGCUCCUGCGGAAGAGGUGGGUGCUUGCCCUGGUCUUCGGGCUCUCGCUGGUCUACUUCCUCACCAGCACCUUCAAGCAGGAGGAGAGGGCAGUGAGAGAUCGGAAUCUCCUCCAGGUCCAAGACCACGAUCAACCCAUCCCAUGGAAAGUACAGUUUAAUUUGGGCAAUAGUAGUCGGCCCAGCAACCAGUGCCGGAAUUCUAUUCAGGGGAAACACCUCAUCACAGAUGAACUGGGUUACGUUUGUGAGAGGAAAGACCUGCUGGUGAAUGGCUGCUGUAACGUCAACGUCCCUGGCACAAAGCAGUACUGCUGCGACGGCUGCUUGUCCAGUGGCUGCUGCGGCGCCUACGAGUACUGUGUCUCCUGCUGCCUGCAGCCCAACAAGCAACUCCUCCUGGAGCGCUUCCUCAACCGGGCAGCUGUGGCAUUCCAGAACCUCUUCAUGGCAGUCGAAGAUCACUUUGAAUUGUGUUUGGCUAAAUGCAGGACCUCAUCCCAGAGCGUGCAGCACGAGAACACCUAUAGGGAUCCCAUAGCAAAGUACUGCUACGGAGAGAGCCCUCCCGAGCUCUUACCCGCGUGAGGCUGCGGGGGACUCGGCCCUCUGGGAGGACGUGCUGCUGAAGAACUUGCAGCCUGAAGCUUUUCUCUGGUCUUCGAGAGAAGACUUUAUUAUGACCACUUCUUGUGUUGUGCUCUGUGGCCUCACUCGCCCCCGGGCUGACCAGAUGGACUUGCUCCGUAAAGCAGCUGGAAACGCCAGCAGGUCGCAUUCGAGAAAGACAGAACGGCGGGUGACCUGGCGGAGGCGUCGGCGCUUUGGGCGCCUCAGCCCUGUGGCUGCUUGGGAACAUGUGGGCCCCCUUGUGUGUUCUCCCUGGGCCCUUCACUGUAAAGUUAUUUAUUGGACUUCUUUGGAGUGGUGGGAAAAUUCUGUUUCCUGUAGAAAAAUGUUUUGCCUUGACAGUGGAAUAUAUACAAGGAGAUUGUUGUUCUUGUUGUUUUCUUGUGUUCUUGGGUUAGUUUCAUGAGUGAAAUCGUCCCUUCACCCACUAAAACUUUGGCCUCUUAAAACGUGCGUGUUCUCUCAAGCUGGUUUAUUUUUGGUUUUGUUUUGACAGCAUCUUCAGGAGUGCACCCUGACGUCUAAAAUUGUCUAGAAACUCAGAUGCUCUUCCCUUCUCAUCCUGUGCUAACUUUCUGGCAUCUGGCACUGUGUGCUCUCAGGUUUUUUUCUAAUCUAUUUGGAUAUGCUUGUUUACUGAUGUGCAUGCAUCGUUUUAACCAGAAAUUCUGCCUUGUUGUCCUGGAGGGUUUUGUUAAUUGUUUCCUACGCCCUGGUUGAAAUGACUGGUCUUCUCAGCCCUGGAACAUCAGGAGUCUCAAGAAAGUCACCUGCGGGGCAGCCUCCUCCUCUCCUGACAUGGGAACUCUGUGUUAAGGUGAUUCCCAAGUGAAGAUACAUCUUGCAACUGA